CGAAAAAAAGCAUUCGUUUUUGUCCGACCGUUAGUCGCCAUUUUGACAGUGUACGCAUCCUCACGAAAGUUCGUUUUUGAUAAAUAUAUUUCCAUAUUUCACUGCGUUGAUAGGUACCAUCGAUUCCGUAUUAUGUCUCGGUUCAACAAUAAUCGCGGCGGCCUUGGAAUGAACCAUUUCCAGCAGCGAAGAGGCGGUGGGCCUAUCGGUCCUAUGCGUGGUGGCCUAAUGGGAAACCCACAUUUCCGGAGCCAUCCUUUCCAGCAUCCAAACCAGAAUCGGAGAGGACACAACAACAAUAACUACAACAACCGGCCAAACCAAGGACCGAAAAACAACCCCCCUAAGCCGCAACAGUCGACCCCCGCUGCUCCUACACCAACUCCAGGCCCAGCACUCACGAUGAAAGGCCCGGCUCAGCAGCAGAAGCCUGCGGAACAGAUACAAAACCAGCAGGAGCAACAGAAAGUAAGCACUCCAGGGGCUCAGCCCAACGUCCAGUCGGCACCACCGAAAUCCGAUACAUCUUCCUCUCAGCCGAAACCGACGGAACCAAACCAGCAGCCCAAACCAGCGGCUGGAAAUGCUAGCGGACCGCAGCAGAAUCAGGCUUCACAACAGGGCCCCAAGCCUGGUCCUCAACAAAGUCCAAAACCCACUCCUCAGCCGGUUCCCAAACCCGGACCUCAGCAGAACCUUAAGUCUGGACCUCCUCCGCAAGGCCAAAGACCCGGUCCUCCUCAGCAGAGUCCAAAACCUGGCAUUCAGGGUCAGAGACCCGUCCCCCAGCAGAACCCAAAGCCCGGACCCCAACAGGGUCAGAGACCCGGUCAGCAGCAAAGUCCCCGGCCUGGUGGACCCCAGCAGGGCCAGAAAUCUGGACCGCAUCAGAGCAGGUUUAGCGGUGGGCCACAGAUCCAAAGGUCCGGUCCCCCACACGGCCCAAAGGGAGGUUUUCAGUCGCCUCCAAUUAAACCAGAACCAAAUCAGUCAAAGGAGGCUCCUUCUAAAGGCAGCACGACCGACCUGGACGGUGGAGCGGAAAAGACGUUCAAGGCAACCCUGUCCAUGCUUCUGAAACCUGGAGAGAAGACCUAUUCACAAAGAUGCCGCCUGUUUGUUGGAAAUCUGCCCAAUGACAUAACUGAAGAAGACUUUAAGAAGAUGUUCGCAAAAUAUGGAGAGCCCUCUGAAGUUUUCAUCAACAAAGCCAAAGGUUUUGGCUUUAUUCGACUGGAGUCACGAGCAUUGGCAGAGAUUGCAAAAGCAGAGCUGGAUGACAUCCCGAUGAAAAACAGACCCCUGCGUGUUAGAUUUGCCACCCACUCCGCAGCGCUGUCUGUGAAAAAUCUUUCUCCGUUUGUGUCCAACGAGCUCCUGGAGGAAGCCUUCUCCCAGUUUGGAAUGGUUGAGCGAGCCAUCGUCAUUGUGGAUGACCGUGGGCGGUCCACAUGUAAGGGGAUUGUGGAGUUUUCCUCCAGAGUGGCUGCCAGAAAGGCCCUGGAUCGUUGCAACGAGGGUGUUUUCCUUCUCACUUCGUCGCCUCGCCCUGUUGUGGUCGAGCCUCUGGAGCAGUAUGAUACAGAAGACGGUCUUCCAGAGAAACUGGCCCAAAAGAACCCAAAAUAUCAAGCAGCUCGUGAAGAACCACCUCGCUUUGCUCGACCUGGUACUUUUGAGUUUGAGUAUGCCAAACGCUGGAAAUCCCUUGAUGAGAUGGAGAAACAGCAAAGGCAGCAGGUGGAGAAAAACAUGCGUGAGGCUCGUGAAAAGCUGGAGAGUGAGAUGGAGGAUGCCUACCAUGAGCACCAGGCUAAUCUCCUGCGUCAAGAAUUGCUGAGGCGUCAGGAAGAACUAAGACGUAUGGAAGAGAUGCACAACCAGGAAAUGCAGAAGAGAAAAGAGAUGCAGCUCAGACAAGAGGAAGAACGUCGCAGACGUGAAGAAGAAAUGCUGCGAAAGAGGGAUAUGGAAGACCAGAUGCGCCGCCGUGAAGAAAACUACAGGAUGGGCAACUUUAUAGAUAGGGACAGGGAGAUGAGAAUGCAUUCCGCUGGAGCUCUGGGCAUGGGAGACAUUUCUUUUGGUGGAUCCAGCCAGAACUUCCCAAUGAGCGGGCUUGGCUUUGACGCUCAGCAGGGCAUGGGAUCGUCUUCAGGAGGAUUGAUGGCCAACGAAAUGCUCAAUGAGCGCUUUGCCCAGAGCGCUCAGAGGGGAAUGGGUCCCGGCACUGCUGGGUAUGGCAGAGUUCGUGAGGAGUUUGACGGCCCAAUUAAGAAGCCCCGUUUUUAAGCGCUGUCUACACGCAGGAUCAUUCAUAAAAUUUCUCCAAAUGACCAUGCUGGGUCCUAUUUCUUGUAUUUAAGUUCGAAGUGUUGCAUCGUUUUAGCCAAGCAAUUUACUAAUUUUUAUGGGACAUACUUUUUUCUUCAUUUUUAUUAUUGGUGUGGGAGUAGAUGUCACUUAGGUGUGACAAUUUUUUUGACGAUGUACCUUUUUCGUUCCUAGAUGUAAUGUGCUGUGAGUCAUCGUAAAGUGAUAAUGUAACCUUUCUGAACCGCUCAUGGCUUUGUUUUGUGCCCGAUAUCUGGAGUUAAAGCAUGUGUUACAAUAAAGACACACUGAUUCCAUCAGGACGGACCAAUAACCUUUAUUCCUGAAUUGUACAUUUUUAAUUACCAAAACAUUUCUUAUGAAAUGCAUAAAAACACCUAAAGAUGUAACAGAAUGCUUUUGUUUUUUCGUCCAAUAAAUUUUGAUUUUUUUUUUUAACCCCUCUUGCUAUUUGCAUUUUGAUCACAUAUCAGAACUAUUAUAGAAUUAACUUUCAUAAGUAAACUUGAGCCAAUUAUGGUUAUGGUCAUGGCCUUAUUUUUUAUCCAAUUCAAGACUUGUUUCACUAGACAAAAUAAGAAAAUAGAUUGCAACAUUAUAACAUUUUGUCCGAUUAAUGCUGACUAAUUUUUUACAUUUGUAUUGGCUGCUCGAGGCCUUCUGGCACCAAAAACAAUCAGAUUCUGCAUCAAGAUUUUAUAUUAAAGGAUUACGGUCAAAACUCUUGACAAUCAAAAUAAUUUCCUCUGAAUACCUUUAUCUCUGCACACAGAAUACAGUAAUCUACCAUGCGGCUCUGGAUUAACAAGGGAUGGGUACUGAAACUUGGUGGAUAAAUGUCACCAGUACCGAUGUCAAUGAUACGACCAGGAUAUUAUUAAAAACUUGUUUUUUGGUGCCUCGUUUCAGACCUGCUCUUUUCGGUUUUGUUAGACAAUUCGAAGUAAUAUUUUUUCCUUUCAAGCAAUUGUUGGUGGGCUCACUAGAAUUAGUGAAGGCAGUAGGGUGCGUUGAAUUUCAGUCAGAAUGCAGAAGAUAAGAAAACUGAAAGUUUAGCUGUAAUUCACAGCUAAGGAUUCAAAAUAAGCAACUAAUGGAUAAGAGUGACUUGUAAAACACUACAAAGAUUGUUAUGGCAAUGAGCAGUGAAUUAAAUGAUUACUCCAUUGUGUGUAAACGGAGACACUGCGCUGUUGUGCAGACUGUAAGAAAAAAAAAAAUUAAAGGAUCUUAGGCAAAUUUAAACGCUGUCCUUCACCUUGUGAUGUUUCAUUGUCACAUCUAAAUGUUAUUGGGACAAAAUGUGCAUGUUUAUUG